AUGGACAAUGCAAAUGGGACAUGUGGAAGCUCGUACAAGUUGUUGCCGUCCUAUCUGCAACAUGUGGUGAUCGCUAAUCCGGGCACGAUAAUCUCACUUGAGACGGAAAUUGAGGAAGGUGUGGGCCAGCGGUUCAAAUACCUAUUCUAUGCGGUUGGAGCUUGUGUGCUAGGGUUUAAGUACAUGCGGAAGGUGGUAGUAGUUGAUGGGACUCAUCUGAAGGGGAAUUAUGGAGGAUAUUUAUUGACAGCCAGUGGACAGGAUGGAAACUAUCAAAUUUACCCGUUGGCGUUCGCCAUAGUAGAUGGGGAAAAUGACAAAGCGUGGACCUGGUUUUUCGAAAACCUAGUGAAGAUAGUUCCAGAUGGGGGAGAUGUAGUUUUCGUGUCGGAUCGUCACAACUCGAUCUACGCUGCACUUUCGAAGACGUACCCGAAGUCCCGACAUGGGAUCUGUGUUGUGCACCUACAAAGGAAUGUCCAAUCAAUCUUUAAAAAGAAGCACCUUGGUUAUCUGAUAUCGAAGGCAGCGCGAGCUUUCAACGUAUCCGAGUUCAACGCACACUUCAACGAGAUUGUAGAGAUAGACCGAUCGUGUGCUGAAUACUUGGCGGGCGUUGGUUUCGAGCAAUGGAGCCGAGCACACUUCACUGGGGUGAGGUACAAUGUAAUGACCAGCAACAUAGCUGAGUCUUUGAACGCAACUUUAGCAGAGGCUCGGGGAUACCUUAUAAUUCCUCUUCUCGAACACAUACGGUUGACGCUGGUGAGGUGGUUUAAAAAUAGGCGUGCGUUGGCAAACAGGUAUGGCGUCAUACGCAUCAACGAAAGUGAGUUCGAGGUCACCGAUAAGAGGGGAAUCUCUUACCGUGUGGAUCUUUGUAAGAAAACUUGCACCUGCUGCGAGUAUCAGAUGCUAUCUAUUCCGUGUUCUCAUGCCGUGGCGGCGGCUGUACGAUCUAACACAAACGUGGAGAAGUUAGUUGGGGAAGAAUUAACAACGGCGUUCUGGAGAAUGGCUUACGCGGAGAGCAUCUUUCCUGUAGCAUAUUAUCAGUCACCAACCGAAAAUGGAGAUGUGAUAGGCCAGUUCUCACUUAUGCCUCCGGCUACAAGACGUCCACCUAGGCGCCCCCGCAAACAGCGCAUUUACUCUCGAGGGGAAAUCAACGAAGCGACUUACGAUAUGUGGUCGUUGUGGUGGCCUGGGGCACAACCGAGCGACCUGUAA